AUGCCGAGCAGCAUUUUCAUGGUGGUGGAGAACAUCCUUCACCUGCCUCAAGAGGAUCCAGUUACACGUCUCCUCCACAUCACCCAAGAUCCGGAGUCUCUGCAGAAGCUCUGGAUCUUAGAGCAGAAGUUGGCUUACUCAUGGAUGAUCCUUUUUUGUAUCUUUUCCUGUAUAAAGAUCCCUGUGAUUCGCAACUGUGGGUCUAACACCCUCAAUUUUGAAUUCCACGAUACCAGUCCCCGCCAAGUGUACAACGGGAUAUCCCAGCCGUGGAAAACAACUCAGCAGAGUUCAGCGAAUAAUUGGUACCCAACCUGGCCUGCUAAAGAAAUUAAACCACUGAGAACUGAAGCUGCUCCUUCUCCUUACUUGGCUAAUUCAGUCAAUCACCCAACUGCGAAUGGCGUAGCACAACCGGGCUGGUCAGCGACCUGGACAAAAGAUGGCAAGAGGAAGGAGAAGCGCUGGGUGAAGUACGAUGGGAUCGGGCCAGUGGAUGAGUCUGGGAUGCCUCUUGCUUCUCGAUCGAGUGUAGACAGCCCUAAGGACUGGUAUCGCAGCAUGUUCCAGCAAAUCCACGGUAAACUUCCAGAAUCAGACCUGGAUUGGGAUCCCUACGAAUCAAAAGAUCAUGACCCUCCAGGACUCAUGAAGAAGAACCAACCUCCAGUGAUGAUCCCAAACAGUUCCUCUCGCCAAAAGAAUGGCUUGGCUUGGAGAAAUUGGGAAGCUGCAGAUGCCACCAGCAACGAGCCCAGGAGCAUUUUUGAUUACGAACCUGGAAAGUCAUCCAUCCUUGAUAAUCCUACUCUGGCUCAGAAGUCCUUCCCGCCAUCUUCAGCACGGUGCCCAUCGCCCUCUCUGCCAAUUGAGGAGCAACUGGAGAAGGAGCUACAACAGCUCAGCGAAGAGUUGGACAACGAUAUCAGAAACCUUGAGCAACAGCAACUGAUCCGCAAGAAUCCCUCGGCUGGUUCCUCUGUCUGCGCCUCUUCCCUGGCCUUCCCUGCCAGCUGCAGCCCAUUGCCCGGCUCUGGUGUCCAUCCUUUAGCCCAGGGCCCCUCACCGGCCAGUCCAAGAAUGGAGAAAGGAAGUCCAGGAGUCACCAGGAGUACUUGGAGCGACUCUCUACCCAGGAACGAUCCUCUGAGACUUCCUGGGCAAAGUCCCUUUCUUGAUUCUUCAGAAAUCGUUCUAGAUACUCCUCCCAAGAGAGAUGAGAAGAAGAUGAAAGCUGCUCGCCUCAAAUUUGAUUUCCAAGCGGAAUCGCCAAAAGAACUGACUUUGCAGAAAGGUGAUAUUGUUUACAUCCACAAAGAAGUAGACAAAAACUGGCUUGAAGGAGAACACCACGGCAGGGUGGGCAUUUUCCCUGCUAAUUACGUGGAGGUCCUGUCUCCCACCGAAGUUCCCAAGCCCAUCAAAAUACCCUCCAUCCAGGUCUUGGAGUAUGGGGAAGCGGUGGCCCAGUACAACUUCAAGGGAGACCUGGCGGUGGAGCUGUCUUUUCGAAAGGGUGAACGUAUCUGCCUUGUCCGCAGAGUAGACGAGAACUGGUAUGAAGGUCGCGUCCCUGGCACAAGCCGCCAGGGUAUUUUCCCAGCCAACUACGUCCAGGUGGUGAAAGAGCCAAGGGUGAAGAAUUCGGAGGACUAUCCUUCCUCCCCGGGCCUCCCAGCCCUUACCAGCUCGUCCCCCCAGGCACAUGCACCCAGCCUGGGCAGUAGGGGGCAGUCUGAGGCUUCCCCUUCAAGCCUGCCAAACGCUCUGGCUCCAGACCUGCUGUCCUCCUCCUCCUCCUCCUCCUUCUCCUCCGCCCUCUCUGGAUGUACAUUUCCCGUGUCUCCAAAAUUUGAAAACCCCGAGACCACAACUCACAGAAUCCGGGAUGCACCCAAAGAUGGCUCUUUCAGUCCCCAGAGUCAAAGCCCGGGGAGAAUGUCCAGUGGCAGCCCCCGGCCUCUCAGAUCUUUCCAGAUGAAGGAGCCACCACGACCUGUUCCACCUGUAUUGACUUCCCAAGCACAGACUUCCAUCCCGCCGCAGAAUUCAGCCCUCGAGACAGUGUUUUCCCCAACUUCAAAGCCACAGAGCCCCCGACACGCCGCCAGAGACUCCCCCUCCAGCAUCCAGUGGACUCCGUUCCAGGCUCUCUACCAUUACAGACCUCAGAAUGAAGACGAAUUGGAACUUCAGGAAGGUGACCGGGUGGAUGUGAUGCAACAGUGUGAUGAUGGCUGGUUUGUGGGGGUCUCUAGAAGGACGCAGAAAUUUGGCACUUUCCCUGGGAAUUACGUUACCCCUGUGUGACCAGCCAUCUCUUGAAUCAGCAUAAUCUGCUCUAGGAUCUUGCCUCCUUGGAGGAGUGCCCACAAUCCAUGGACACAAAGUAAAAAAGAGUAAAAGACACGAUGUGAAAACUAAUAUUGGCCCCCAAUAUUGCCAGCUGGAGUCUGUAUUCCUUGACUGUUAUCUUUUACUUCUGCACCUUGGCUUCCUUGGAGAGGAUGACUACAGCCUAGCUUCUUUUUCCAGUAUUUAAGGAAGCAUCACUAAUUCCAGCAUUCCUAUGACAGAUUUGGGUUUGGUUGAACAGAGCGUGCUGGCCUCUUGGCCGUAAAUUUUCUCUUAAUCCGGGAUUCCUUAUUUUUGCCAGUUCUUAUAAGAGCAAUUUGAAGGUAGAGGCGACCAGUCUCUACAGCUGAGCCUGUCCUAAUUCUUCCCUCCAGAAAAAUCCAUUUUUUUUUUCUUGAAAGGACCAUUGUUUGAAGACUUGGCCUAUCAACCCAAAAUCCCACACAACAGACGAGCUGACUGAGUUACCCAAGUACACAACCUCGGUGUGUGCCCCAGAGGAAUCUGGGCCUUUCCACCAGGAGAUUGUGCCCUUCACUUAACGUCGCGGUCAUCCAGGAGGUGCU